UUUUACUACCAUACCCUAAUCGCAGAUAUAUACUUGUUUAUUUUUAAAUGUAUUUUUUAUUCUAAAUCUGUAUAUUAUUCCUUUUUUACAAUAAUUCUUUGAAUUCAUUUCACAUUAUAAUAUUUUAAUCUAUUUUUAAAAGAUUAUUACACUGUUAUAAUAUUUAAUAGAAUGUAUUUUAUCGAAUAAAUUUUAUUUAAAUGAGUGAUGACGUGGUUUGGCAGUUAAUCAAGAACGGAUUUUGUUCCUUUCGGAAAACAACUGAUAAUAAAGCUUUUUGUACCAAUGUAUACAACGUCACUGGGCUUUGUAAUCACGCUAGUUGUCCUCUAGCCAAUAGUAACUAUGCAACUGUGAUUGAAGAUCAAGGUGACUUGCUACUAUGUCUGAAAACCGUUGAGAGGUGUCAUACUCCUAGAGAUCAAUGGCAGAAAAUUCGUCUUUCUAAAUCCAAAACUGAAGCUUUAGAACAAAUUACACAGGAAACUAAGGUUGGGUUCCCUAAUCACCUGACUACUAAGUGUAAGAUGAGGUUUAAAAGACUCCGUGAAGUCCUAGGUAACAUGAGAACCAUGGCACUGAAUAAAAAGAUAAAACUACUCCCAGUUAAGAAGAAAACUGAACGCCGUGAGUCAGUUCGUGAGAAGAAAGCUGAAAUCGCAGCCAAACUCGACAAGAGUAUUCAGCAGGAACUUCUGAACAGACUGAGUCAGGGCAUUUACGGCGAACUAUACAACUUUGAGAAAGAUAAAGUUCCUGAAAAGGAAGAGGAGUCGGAACCCGACAUGCUUGAUGAAACCAAGCUUGAACCCCUAGUUAAGAGGAAGAGAAGAGGGCGAAAAGUGAACAUUGAGUACGAAAAGGAAGAAGAAUUCUACCCAAUGGAACUAAAUUCAUAACACAACCAUACACAACAUUAAUUUAAUCAUAGUUUA